GGAAAAGUUGUUUUGAUAAAUUUGAAUAAAAUUAUUCUGUGCGAUAAAAAUAAGUGGAUUGCAGUGAUUUACACAAUUUCACAACAUGGCAUCUAAGCCAGGCAAACCAAAGUUCUUUCCAGUCAUCAGUUCCAUCCAGAAAAUUCGUGUCUAUGAGACGAAAACGAACAUCCAGUUAAUUGGAAGCAAUGACAAAGAAACCAGGUUCAGAAUUCUUCAAAUAGCACGCUCACCAGAGCUACAUAUUUAUGAAGACCCAAAUGAAUAUGAUUUAAAAGAAAUCAGGAAGAUUAUAUCCAAUAUAAAGUAUUCAAAGUCAAUCUCGGCUUACGGGAUAGUAGGAUUUGUCAGAUUCCUUGAGACUUACUACGUUAUUCUUGUAACAAAAAGGCAUAAAGUUGGUUUUAUCGGAAAUCAUAUUAUUUACACAAUAAAAGAUACAACAAUCUACAAAAUAACACCAGAUUCAUCUAAGAACUCGUCAAAUCCAUUUGAAUCAAAGUAUCUCAGGAUGUUUAUGAACGUUGAUCUUAGUUCCAAUUUCUACUUCUCUUAUUCUUACGAUCUUACAAGAACUCUCCAGCAUAAUUUUUCUGUGCCUAAGUUUGUUGGUGAAAAUGCUGAUGUCACAGUAGAGGAACCGCUUGAUUGGAACAAUGAGUGUGAACGAGAGGACAGAAUGUAUGCAUACAGAAGUACAUCCCGUAAGAAAUUCGUCUGGAAUGAGUUUUUAUUGCAACCGAUGCAAAAGAAAGUUCUUCACAAAGACUGGAUGUUGGAACUGAUUCAUGGAUUCAUUAAUCAAUCAGCUAUAAGCGUUUUUGGACUUCCAAUUUAUGUCUGUCUAAUUGCUAGACGUUCUAAGAAUUUUGCUGGCACAAGAUUUCUCAAAAGAGGCGCUAAUUGCUGUGGUGACGUUGCAAAUGAAGUCGAGACUGAACAAAUUGUUAGUGACGGACAACGAUUAUCAUCGUUUGUGCAAUUAAGAGGUUCAGUUCCUGCACAUUGGUCACAGGAUAUUAGCAAGAUGGUUCCCAAACCACCAAUUUCAUUAGACAUUCCAGAUCCAUUUGCUGAGACAGCUGGUAAACAUUUUGAGAAGCUUCUAUUCCAUUAUGGAGCGCCAAUAAUCGUCCUAAACUUAGUUAAAAGGAAGGAAAAGAGAAAGCAUGAGAGCAUAUUGACUGAUGAGAUUAUGAUGAAUGUCGAGUAUCUUAAUCAAUUUCUUCCAGCAAAUUGCAAAAUCCGGUACACACAUUUCGAUAUGGCAAGAAAGAAUCGAUCCGAUAAGAAUGUUAUGGAAGCUUUGGACGGAAAAGGUAAGACUUCGAUAGCAAUGACUGGAAUUUUCUAUACAGAUAACAAUGAAACAUGCUAUCAGACUGGAAUCAUUCGUACGAACUGCGUUGACUGUUUAGAUCGAACAAAUACAGCACAAUUUGCUAUGGGACGAUCUGCAUUAGCACUUCAGCUUCAUAAAAUGGGAUUUUUAAAGGCUGAUUCUCGUCUUGAGUUUGAUUCCGAUUGCGUGACAAUGCUUGAAUCAUUAUAUGAGAUUCAAGGUGAUACAUUAGCUCUUCAAUAUGGCGGAUCGCAAUUAGUACAUAGAAUUAAAACAUACAGAAAGACAUCAGCAUGGAUGAGUCAAGGGUCAGAGGUUGUACAGAAUUUGUCGAGAUAUUAUUCAAACACAUUUUCGGAUCAAGAGAAGCAACAAAGCAUUAAUUUAUUCCUCGGUCUGUACAUUCCGUAUGAAAAUGAUAAUGGCGAACAUUUGUGGGACAUGACGUCAGAUUAUAAUCUCCAUAAUCCAAUUGAAAAUGGAAUAGACAAGGAGAAACAGCUGACGAUGUGGUACAGUGAUCUAAUUCGCAAAUAUCUUCCACAAGCAACAAGUAAUUGCACGAAAAUUGUCAAGGAACUGAUAAGGAUUCAUUCAUUGGAUCUAGAAAUGAUUGAUUUAUAUUCAAAUUAUCAUUUGACUUAUAAAGUCACUUCCUUAGAAGAGAAUAUUGCAUACCAAAUAUCUCAAUUCGCUAGAAACUCAAUGGCAACAUAUAGAACACAUUUUUCACCAUUUGAACCGACAAAGCGAGCGACUCAACCAACAGCAACAAAAACUACAUCGUCAAUUGAAUCUAUAAGCUCAUCAGAUGAAGCAGAUUCGACUAGUGACGAAGAUGACACGCAUUCUUCAUUAAAAUUGUCAAUAUCUGAUCAACGUCAAUCUGAAAAGAAAUCCUAUUUCGAUGAUAAUGUCCUUAAAGACUGUAAGAGCAUUUAUGGAUUUGAAUUGGAACAUCCAGACAAAGAAUCGAUGGCAAAAUACAAGACUUAUGUAAAUUUUCAGAAGAAAUCUCAUCCAAUUGCUGAGAAAAGUGAUAAAAAGUUAAAGCCAAUUGUCCUUGAAAGUACAGGAAUUUAUAAGGAUUCCUCGUAUGAAGUUCAAGAACCAAAGGUGACAGAGAGCGAUAGACACAAGUAUGAAAAUUAUUGUAAACUCAUUAUUAAUCCAGAAUAUGAUGAAAGUUGUUCAAGCAGUGACAUCAUUGAGAAGUAUAUUAAUUUUAAGUUUGAUGAUUAAGCUGCAUUGCUAUCAGAUAUGAAUUAUAAAGUUGUGAUAUUUACUGAACUGACUUAUAAUGCUGCUAGUCCUGGAUGCAGAAUGAUUCAGGACUAGCUGAAGCUUCAUUCCCGAGUGGACAAAGUACUAGAAAUUAUUUUUGAAAUUCACACACUUGAUUGAUUAGCAUGAAUGUCCAGUUAACGUCUAGUUCUGUAUGACGUUUAAAUUUUGGCAAGUUAAAAGAGUGUUAAACGAUUGUCCAAUAAUGGACUUUAACUGGCUGUGUCCACUCGGGAUUUAUUUUACAAAUUGAACCAUAGAAUUCUUAUGUAACCUUUUUUGGUGAGGGGUGUAUUUUAAGGCUAGUUUCAUUAUAUCUAAAGUCUUGGUACAUCGAGAAUAAAAAAGAGGACUCAGCAAGACAUUUGAAAGUCCUAAAUGCUACAGUGUAAUAUCUAGAACACUAGAACACAAGAUCCUGUUAAUGAUAAAGAUACAUCGUGCCAAUAUAUGAACAAAAGCAAACAAAUUUUUGAUUCAAU